ACUAAUGCGGUGAUGCUUGUGGUCUCAAUAUAGGAGUGUCCAGGGUCUAACACGCGUUGUGUCACGUGACCACGUGUACCUACACAAGCCAGUCGUAACUUCUAACACGUUCAACGAUGUACUCGACGUCAGCGCAAAAAGCCAAGAGGCGCACCCACACGCGUCCAGAAUUGACAGAUGAACAAAAACAAGAGAUUAAAGAGGCAUUCGAACUCUUCGACACCGACAAGGAUGGGUCGUUGGACUACCACGAGCUCAAGGUCGCGAUGCGCGCUUUGGGCUUUGACAUGAAGAAGGCGGAGGUCCUGAAGAUACUUAGGGACCACGACAAGAGUGGGCAUGGCCUCAUAGACUUUGAGGAUUUCGCCAAAAUAAUGAGCGAGCGGAUACUCGCCAGAGAUCCGAUGGAUGAAAUUCGUCGGGCUUUUCAAUUAUUCGACGACGAUAACACAGGAAAGAUCAGCCUACGGAAUCUCAGAAGAGUGGCGAAGGAGAUUGGUGACCGAUUGGAAGACGACGAGCUGCAAGCAAUGAUAGACGAAUUCGACCUCGACCAGGAUGGCGAGAUCAAUGAACAGGAGUUCUUCGCCAUAAUGACCGAUGAUGCAUAA